AUUAUCACAUUAUCAAAAUAACCAUACAUUUUAUCUUUAAGAGUUAUUAUGUCUCAAUCUCUAGUAUUCAAAGUAAAGAGGCAUGAGCCAGAAUUAGUAAAACCAUCAAAACCCACACCAAAUGAAACAAAACUUCUGUCAGACAUAGAUGACCAAGAUGGGUUACGUUUUCAAAUUCCAGUUGUACAAUUUUAUAACUAUGAUCCAAAUAUGAAAGGGAAAGACCCUGUUGAUGUAAUUAGAAAAGCUUUGGCAAAAACACUUGUGUUUUAUUAUCCAUUUGCUGGUAGAUUGAGGGAAGGUAAUGAUAGAAAGCUUAUGGUUGAUUGUAAUGGUGAAGGUGUUUUGUUUAUUGAAGCUGAUGCUGAUGUUAGUGUUGAAGAAUUUGGUGGUCAACUUCAACCUCCUUUUCCUUGUUGGGAUCAACUUCUCUUUGAUGUUCCUGGUUCUUCUCAAGUUAUUAAUACUCCUCUGCUUCUUAUUCAGGUAUACUAUUUCUUUGUUUUCUUGUUUUAUUCAUAUAAACUUACACACACAUAUUUUAGCCUAUUUACUGUGGUGAGAUCGUAUCUUGUGUCGGAUGUGACACGUGCUGGUUUUGGAGAGGUGGAGUUUGGUUGGGGGAAAGCUGUUUAUGGUGGGCCAGCUAAAGCAGGAGUUGGUGCUAUUCCUGGUGUUUGUAGCUUUUACAUACCUUUUAAAAAUGAUAAAGGAGAGGAAGGUUUGGUUAUGCCGGUUUGUUUGCCAACUCAAGCAAUGGAGAGGUUUGUUAAAGAGUUGGAUCAUGUGCUCAACAACAACAACAACAUUAACCAAACUAUUAAGGGUGGUAAAAAAUCUGGUUUUAUUAUUUCUUCAAUGUUGUAGACUUAAAGAAAACAUCCCAAACAAAUAAAGAAAUCCCCAUAAUCUUUGUUGCCCUUCAAACCAUCAUAGACAAGCAAGCUAUUCAGGACAAAGAGCAAGCUAUUUAGCGGGACUGGAUGGCUACUCAGCUUGCUCCUAAGCUCGAACUUGAGUCUCCAUUGCCUAAUCCUUCUCCAAUUUUUCUUGACAUACCUCAGUCGUCACGGUCUCCGUCAUAUGAUGGG